CAGCCCCAGGGGUCCGUAACGCGCCAAGUCUUGCGCUGAAGGUGUCACGAUCUCGCCAUCCGCUUCGUCAUCGCCAAUCGCGGCCAUACCGCCUGCCCCGUGUGUUGCAGGCCCUGUAGCCGUUAAAAUUUUAGGGGGGAUCUUAUUCCAAACUCUGCGGCUUACCAGCUUACCACUCCACAAUUUGGGUCCAACGAGCCACAACACCAGAAACGGCGGAGUGCGCGGCACGGCACAGCGACGUUUCCAUUACACAAUGACAAACGCCGAUUCUAAUAAUAACCACAGCCACAGUAGCCACGACAGUCACGACAGUCACGACGGUGAGAGCAGCCACGACAACCGCGGCGACAGCAAGAACCCCUUUAUCCGCUUCCGCCACCACGUCGACACCAACCUGCACGCGGGGCUAAGCACCCUGAUGGUAGCAGCAGGUCGGCGGGGUGACCCAACGUCCACAUCCACAUCAGCCCAAACCCAAACCCAAACCCAAGCAUCACCACUUGCAACACCCAACCCCAACCCCGACAUCAGCCCAACCCCAACCUCAAAACCCAACCCCAAUCCCAACACCCCAUCCUCACCAUCCUCACCCUCAACAAUGUCCCCCUCAACCAUGUCCCCCUCACCACAAACCAUGCCGCCCUCACCACAAACCAUGUCCCCAAACCAACACCUCGAAUCCCGCCUCUCCCUCCUCGCAGGCGGCACCCCCGCCGAAGCCGCCCUCGCCUGGCGCCUCUUCCUCACCCGCUCCGCCUACUCGCCGUUGCGCCUAGAGCAGCAGCACGAUGACGAUUUGUGGGGUUGGCGCCCCGUGCCGAGGGGCGUGUCGCCCGAGGUGGCGGCGCAGGUGGGCUGGCUGGAGGCGUUUGAGGAUCUGGUGAGGGUGAGUUCGGGGUUGGGGGUUGUUGAUUUUGACUCUGAGGCUGUGGAGGGUGGUUUUGGGGGGUGGGGUGGGUUGGGCUUGUUCGGCUUGGGUGGUUUUGGUGGUAGUGGGUUUGGUGGUGGUGGGUUUGGUCGGUUUGGUGGCAUGCGGGAGGUCGCCUGGCUCGAGCGGAUGCAUCGCCAGGGGCUGACCGAGGUGCUGUUCCCCGUGUAUGACCCCGGUCUGGGGUACCAGUCGCCGCGCACGAUGGCUGAGUGGGUUGAGCGGCGGCGGGUGGAGGAGAGGAGGGAGCGGGACGUUGGGCGGGUGUGGGAGGAGCUGGUGGGCGAGGGGAGGCGCGCGGCUGAGAGGGAGGCCGAGGCGUGGGUGGAGGAGGCGAGGAGGGAGAUGCGGGAGAUGAGGAGGGAGGUGGAUGCGUGGCGGGAUGCUGCGCAUGAGACGGGCACCUCGUUUUUCGAUGGGAUCGGGGGCGCUGUGAAGACGCUGGGGAAGGUGCUGGAGGACGAGGUCAAGUCGUUGCGCCGGUUUGGGGGGGAGGAAGACGGGAAGAGUAGAGAUAGGAGCGCCGACGAGAAGGACGAUGCCCCACAGACAGAAAGCGACCUCUACUCGGUCAUCCAGUCCGCCUUCCACGAGUCAGAACGGUCGCUCUCCAACUUCUUCAAGCUCAUCUCUGAGGGCGGACGUGCUCAAGGACCUCCAGAGCCCAAGCCGAUCUCACCACCGAAGGUGAACACCACCGAGGCCGUAGAGGACGGCAUCACGAAAAAGACCACUACAGAAGAAUUCGUUGACGAGCACGGUAACACACACUCCAAGACCGAGACUACCUGGACCGAUGAGAACGGCCAAGUUAUCAUGAAACAGGUGCACAGCUCUAUGGGCCACUCCGCACGCUGGGAAAAGGCAACUCAGGGGGCUCCUACAGAGCCGAACCAGGCGGCUACCGAGGGCCCAAAGGAGCAGCACAGGCAAAGCGGAUGGUUCUGGAAGUGAAUACCAUGGGCCACCGUCGAGGAUAGGAAGGCUGACAGGAUCGGAAACCUUGGAAUACCCCACUCAGUGCGUACACUCCGAGGUCGUCUCCAUCAUCUCCAUCAUCUCCGCUCAGUUGCAGCUCAAUUCCAAAGAUUGACUCAUCACGGGGUUUUUGUUUUGUUUUGUUUCUUCUAACCGAACAACUCAUUCAUGGAAUUAUGUAUCUAUCAGAUGUCCAGCAUGACACAACAAACUUGCUCAGCUAUUCCACUCGUU